UUAAGAAAUUUGGCAGAGCAUUCUCGAGUUCUUCGUUUUUCCUCGUGUGCCACAAUGGCGGUAUUUUGCAAAGGCGAUGAGGUUGAAGUAUGCAGCAACGAGGAAGGCUUCCUGGGGUCAUACAUCGAAGCCAAGGUGAUAUCGCGACUGAAGGACAGCCGUUACAAGGUCCAUGACAAGAAUCUGGUCGAAGAGGAAGAUCAAUCUCGGCCCCUGGUUGAGAUAGUUACUGCUGACGAGGUCCGACCACUGCCACCAAGAACCGCAAGGGAAGCCACUCGGAUUUUCACUUACUCCGGUAGAGGGGAUGCAUUCCACAAUGAUGGUUGGCGGCGGGUUGGGAGGAUUACCGGGGAAGAAGGGUUCAAGUAUUGGGUCUAUUUUCCUCUCACCAGGGAGGAGAUCGAGUUUCCUCCUUCUCAGUUGAGAAUUCAUUUGGAAUGGUGCAAUGGCGUGUGAUUUUCCGACAGCGUAUUUUGAUCACUUCAUUUUUUUUUUAGGGGAAAUUUCCGUUAUUAGCAUUCAAGGUUUUUAGAUUAAUUGUAAAUUCGAUAGAACAGUGCUAAGGUAAUUGACAAUGUUGAUGACUCUUUUUGAGUGGAUUUAGUAAUUGACAAG